AUGGAAGCUGAGAUCCAAGCGCAAAUCCCCAGCAUCGACCAUAUCCUUUCGGAAUACUCCGUUGGAUAUCUUAAUCAUGCUUCCAAACUCUAUUUCUCCGAAGACGAUCCCUCUGUCCAAUCUCCCCUGGCUGAAGCUCUUGAUACUGUGACCUCUCUACUCGUGUCUGCCUCAGGAAACUUUUCUGAGCAGAAUGAAGCUGCCAUUCGCAACCUAGUCGAAAGAUUCAUCGCGAGGUUAAGCGAGGCAAAUGGCAUCGAUCCUGAGCGGCGGCAGAUGCCGUUUACGGCCAAAAAGCUCGAGCAGACCAUUCAAGUCAGCUCGCAGCGGAAUAUUUCGUCUACGCUAGGGCUGACGAGCGCAGGCGUAGAUCUCGAGGCCACCAAUACCCGCAAGGUAGAAUCAAAGGUCGACAAGAGGAAGCUUGAAAAGGCCGAGCGGAAGAUUCGUGCCAAACAAGACAAGAAGGUCAUGAAGAAUGUCGAGUAUGAGGCGUCAAGAUUGCUGAACCAGCCAGACCCCACCCAAUCAUAUGAGGAGUUCUUUAUGACGGUCAAUCCCCUGCAACUUGGUGCUGAUGCUCAGUCGAAAAGCAAAGACAUCAAGGUGGAUGGAAUUGACGUGUCCAUUGCAGGAAAACGCAUCUUGACCGACACAUCCUUGACGUUGGCAUACGGCCGGAGGUACGGCCUCGUCGGUCAGAAUGGUAUAGGGAAAUCCACGCUUCUGCGUGCUUUGAGUCGGCGCGAGGUCGCCAUUCCAACCCAUAUAUCUAUCCUUCACGUCGAGCAAGAGAUCACCGGAGAUGACACCCCAGCUCUUCAGGCAGUGCUCGACGCCGAUGUCUGGCGGAAACACUUGCUUGCCGAGCAAGAUAAGGUCUCGAAGCAGCUCGCAGCUCUUGAGGCCGAGAGGUCGAAGAUGGCCGACACCUCGAAGGAUGCCGGGCGGCUGGACAAAGAAAAAGAUGGGCUGGACACUACCUUGGGUGACAUCCAAGCCAAACUGGCCGAGAUGGAAUCUGACAAGGCCGAGUCUCGAGCCGCUAGCAUUCUCGCGGGUCUAGGGUUCUCGCCGGAACGUCAGCAAUUCGCCACCAGGACAUUCUCAGGCGGUUGGCGAAUGAGGCUGGCCCUGGCGCGGGCAUUGUUCUGCGCACCAGACUUGUUGCUGCUUGACGAGCCUUCCAACAUGUUGGAUGUCCCAUCGAUCACAUUCUUGUCGAACUAUCUGCAGACAUAUCCCAGCACCGUCUUGGUGGUCUCACAUGACCGUUCCUUCUUGAAUGAAGUCGCUACCGAUAUUAUUCAUCAGCAUUCAGAAAGACUGGACUAUUACAAGGGGGCCAACUUUGAUUCGUUCUAUGCUACCAAGGAGGAACGGAGAAAGAACGCCAAGCGCGAAUACGAGAAUCAAAUGGCGCAACGGGCCCAUCUGCAGGCCUUCAUCGACAAAUUCCGAUACAACGCUGCAAAGUCGUCCGAGGCGCAGUCACGUAUCAAGAAACUGGAAAGGAUGCCGGUUCUGGAGCCCCCCGAGGACGAGUAUACGGUCCACUUCCGGUUCCCAGAUGUGGAAAAACUUUCACCGCCAAUUAUCCAGAUGUCAAAUGUCUCUUUUGGCUAUACAAAGGAAAAGCCGCUGCUUCACAGCGUGGACUUGGACGUUCAACUCGACUCCAGGAUUGGUAUUGUGGGGCCCAAUGGCGCCGGCAAAACAACGGUGCUGAAAUUGUUAAUUGGACAACUUCAGCCCACCACUGGACUGAUCUCGCAGAAUCCUCGUCUCCGCGUCGGAUACUUUGCACAGCACCACGUUGACGCCUUGGACAUGAACACGUCUGCGGUUGGGUUCAUGCAGAAGACGUACCCGGGCAAGACCGAUGAAGAGUAUCGGCGACAUCUCGGAGCAUUUGGGAUCACGGGAAUGACUGGGCUACAGAAACUCGAGCUGUUGUCCGGAGGCCAAAAAUCCCGAGUAGCAUUUGCUUGUUUGUCCUUGACAAACCCACAUAUCCUGGUGCUGGACGAGCCGUCGAAUCACCUGGACAUCGAGGCGAUGGACGCGCUUUCCACAGCCUUGCAGCAGUUUCAAGGCGGGGUUUUGAUGGUUAGUCACGAUGUGACGAUGCUACAGAACGUCUGCACCAGUCUAUGGGUCUGUGACAAGGGCACUGUCGAGAAAUUCCCUGGCGACAUCAACGCGUACAAGAAAAAGAUCAGUGCGCAAGCGAAUGAGGCUGGAGUGGUUCAAGCACAUUGA